AUGCCAACUAGCACCGGUUCGGGUGCUUCAGCCCGCCGCUGCAGGAUGGAGGACCUCACAGCAGAGGUCCAGGCCCUACGGGCCCAGCUCCUCCAACAGACCGAGGAGAACAGCUCUCUGCAGACCCAGCUCCUCCAGCUGUCCGAGGAAAACGCCAACCUGCGGGGCCAGCUCCAGGCCACCCCGGCGGGCGCCAUGGGCCUCUCUGCCCCUCGUGGCAAAUGCCCCGUCGGCCUCCCCGAGAAGUUUGACGGGACCCCUGAGAUGCUCCCAAGCUUCUUGGCCCAGAGCCGCCUGUACAUGGAGCUUCGGCCUGAAGAUUUCCCCACGGAGCACGUCCGCGUGUGCUUCCUCACCAGCCUUCUCAAAGGGCGUGCGGCCCGCUGGGCCACCCCAUACCUGCUGGAGUCCAGCCCUCUGCUGAACAACUACGAGGCCUUCAUCGACGAGUUCAAGCAGGCCUUUGAGGACCCCCAGCGGAAAGAGGCCGCCAACCGCAAGAUCCGGCGUCUCCGCCAAGGCCUCGGCUCCGUCCUGGACUACGCCAGCGCUUUCCGUCUCUGCGCCCAGGACCUGGACUGGAACGAGCCCGCCUUCAUCGACCAGUUCCUGGAGGGCCUCAGUGAUCCCAUCCAGGACGAGCUCGCCCGUGUGGAGGUGGCCCGCUCGCUGCCCGCGCUCAUCAACCAGUGUCUGCGCAUAGAGGGAAGGCUGAAUUCUCGGAGGGGGGCGUCUCCCAGCGGCUCGCCCCAGCCCCAGAGCUCCUCGUCUCCCCAGGCCGAGUCAGAAUCUAACCAGCUCAUCACUCGGCCCCAGCUGACUCCGGAAGAGAGAGAGCGCCGCCGAAGACUGAACCUGUGCAUGUACUGCGGGCUGGCCGGCCAUUAUGUGGACAACUGUCCAUCCAAGAAGCCAAAGUCUUCUGGGGUGGGAAACUCCCUGGCCCCGCUGUAG